AUGCUUCCUACACCGGACACAUCUCAUGUUCCCUUCGACCGGGUCUACGAGCCAGCGGAGGACUCGUACCUCCUCCUCGACACUCUCUCCGCCCCUUCAGAAACCGCCUUCCUGACGUCUCGCUUCGGCUCAGACAGUGGUUCCGCACCUCUGGUCGUCGAAGUCGGCACGGGUUCGGGUGUGGUGAUCGGAUUCGUCGCGGCCCAGGCUCAAAAGCUGUUUGGUACCCGCAACGUACUGACGGCGGGCCUAGACCUGAACAGCUUCGCGUGCCGCGCCACCAACGGCACCGUCGGUCGCGCGCGCAAGGAGAACGAGGAGACGAGCUGCCAUGCUUGGCUCGGCGCCACGAUGAGCGACCUGACAUCUCCGCUACGGAGCGGUGUCGUGGAUGUCCUCAUCUUCAACCCGCCGUAUGUGCCCUCUUCGGAGCUGCCUGACCAGUCGUCCGAGACACUGUUGAUUGGCGAGAGAAAAACGACAUUUGACGAGGAUUCAUAUUUUCUGUCACUGUCCUACGCAGGCGGGAAGGACGGCAUGGAAACGACGGAUCGUUUGAUUGAGGCGUUGCCUGCCGUGCUCUCGGCGAGAGGUUGCGCCUACAUCCUGUUGUGUGCGCAGAACAAGCCGCAGGAUGUCAAGAGCCGGAUCGAGGGAUUUGGCAACGGUUGGCAGGCCCUCACCGUGGGUGAGAGCGGAAAGCAGGCUGGAUGGGAAAAAUUGCAGAUCAUCAGGGUAUGGAGAGACAGGCAACAGGUGUCGUGA